UAUUCAUGAAUCUCAUUUAAGAACAAGACCGUUGCACACACGAUAGUCUCUCAGCGUCUUUCCAUUCCACCAUGGCCAGACAAGAAGUAUACUCGUUGGACAGAGAUGCCGAAGAGUCAGAUAGACUCAACUACCAAAACACAUUCCUGAACAGGCUCGUGGGCCAUCUCAUUUCUCCGGCCAUUCAAAAGAACCUCCCAUCCGCUCCGGCCGUCGCAGACAUCGGGACCGGAACCGGCGCCUGGCUCCUCACUACCUCCAAGGAACUCCCGACACAGGCCAAGCUGCACGGCUAUGACAUCUCCGACGCCCAAUUCCCUGCCCCCGGCCAACUCCCUCAAAACAUCACCCUCACCACGCUCGACGCCAAAGCACCCGCCCCGGUCCACUUGCACGGUCAGUACGACCUAGUCCACCUUCGCCUGCUCAAUGCUGCCAUGCUCCCCGAAGACUGGUUCAAAGUCGCCACCCACGCCUGGAGCCUGCUGAAGCCCGGCGGCGCACUGCAAUGGGUGGAAGGGAACUUCCGCAACCUCAACGUGGUCUACCAAAGCGAGCGAAACACCAAGACGAGCGCACUCAGCCGCGGCGUGGAUCUCACCACCCGGCCACGACCGCAUUUCGACUGGUUCGUUGACCAUCUGCCCGAUGUGUUGCGGUCUGUGGGCUUUGAGGUCGUUGAGCAGCAGGUGCUGAGCAGCGAUCGGCUUCCCCAGGACCGAAUGGAGUGGAGCCAUAUCGCUACCGGCGCUCUGCACGCCAUCAUGCGUGGGAAUGCUCGGAUGGGUGUUGAAGGCGCACUGACGGCGGAGGAAGCGAAAAGUCUGGCGCAGGAAAUGCGCAAGGAGUGUGAUGAGGGGGCGUAUUUCAGAGUCGACACUUACGAAUUUGUUGCCAUUAAGAAGUGACGAAUAAUCUUGUGGAAAAGAGGAUAGGAGGAUGGAAAUGAAAGACUUGGAUCGCUGUGAACAUCAAUGGAAGGAAUCGAUGCGGUUUUGAGCGCUAUCUGAAGUCGCUGG